GAAAUUCAUUUUUGUUUGGGGUUUCGGUAACCCAUAAACCCAGAAACGCAUAGAAGAGGGUUUAUGCGAAAACAAGUCAUAUUCUCUACACUUGAGAUUGCAUCAUGAGGUUACUAAGAACGAUCCUCAUCACCCACAAACUCCACCUCCGCAACCCUAAACGCAUUUUUUCAUCUGUCGUUUCCCACCGCUACUCUUCCGCAACCCCAGAUUCUGAUGAAACCCACAACACAAGGAACCAACCCACUAACGGUUGGAGCAGUUAUGGAAACGUCUUCGACACCCUAGUUGCGCACCAUAGCGACGAAGGCGAACUUGAAGAGGAAAACCCUAGAGGGAGGGCGCUGAGCCUGAAGACGGCAGCGGGUACGAAGAAAAAGGGGAAGCUGAAAACUAAUUGGGUUUGCUACCAUUGUGGGUACAGUGCAGGGCAAUGGUGGGGAACAUGCCCCUCAUGUAACUUAGCUGGAACCAUGAAAGAGUUUAGCGAAAGCAAAUUAAGUGAUGCUGAUAAUAAUAAGGCCAGAGGUGGAUUAACCGUUUCCGAGGAUGCAGUAGGGUUGUGGCUCCCACAACGAGCCGAUGAGUUGCGCCCCGUUAAAUUGGAUGAGGUUAAUCGUCGAUUCGAUUACCGCCACUUGAGAAUUCCUUUCUCUGGUCCUUUUGGAAAUGAAGUUUCUACAGUGCUUGGUGGAGGUCUUGUACCAGGAUCUAUGAUUUUAGUUGGCGGUGACCCUGGUAUUGGAAAGAGUACUCUGCUGUUGCAGAUUGCAGCAAUGAUAGCAGAAGAAUGCAAUGAUGGCGAUGAUUCUUCAGUUCUAUAUGUCUCUGGUGAAGAGAGCCUUCAACAAAUUGGCAUUAGAGCUGAUCGCCUUGGGAUUAAAUCUAAUGUUUUUUUGUAUUCAAGUACUGAUAUUGAGGACAUAUUGAACAAAGCUAACAGUCUCUCCCCUCGUGCUUUGGUUGUUGAUUCAAUACAAACUACUUACCUGAAAACAAUACUGGGAAGCGCCGGAGGGGUUAUGCAGGUGAAAGAAUGUACUACAGCUCUGAUGCGAUUUGCAAAAAUGACUAACAUCUCAGUUUUUUUGAUUGGACAUGUGACCAAAUCUGGAGACAUAGCGGGACCUCGUGUCUUGGAGCAUAUCGUUGAUGCUGUUUUGUAUAUGGAAGGCGAGAGGUGCUCUCCAUAUCGUAUGCUUCGAUCUGUGAAAAAUCGGUUUGGAUCCACUGAUGAGCUUGGAGUUUUUGAGAUGUCACAGUCAGGACUCCGGCCUGUUUCAAAUGCCAGUGAAAUGUUUCUCACUGAACAACACACUGAUUCAAUUGUUUUAGCUGGGCUUGCUAUUGCUGUAAUAAUGGAUGGUUCAAGAACUUUUUUAAUUGAAAUUCAGGCACUUUGCCUUUCACAGUGCCCAGUACCAGCUUCAAGUUCAGGGCUAGUUAAUGGGAUCCAGGCAAACAAAGCUAAUAUGAUUAAAUGUGUUCUUAUGAAGCAAGCAGGUCUUCAGCUCCAAGAAAAUGCUGUGUUUUUGAAUGUUGUUAGUGGACUGACAGUGACAGAGACUGCUGGAGAUCUUGCUAUAGCAGCUGCAAUUUGCAGCAGUUUCUUGGAGUUCCCCAUUCCAAAGGGGGUUGCAUUCAUUGGUGAAAUUGGCCUUGGUGGAGAGCUUCGCAUGGUUCCUAGAAUUGAUAAAAGGGUAUACACGUUGGCAAAGUUGGGUUACAAAAAGUGUGUAGUCCCGAAGCAAGCUGAGAAAUUUUUGAAAACUGAAGGUCUGGAAAACAUGGAAGUUGUAGGUUGCCAGAAUCUGAAAGAGGUUAUUGACGCUGUUUUCAGAAGAUAACUAAGAGAAGCUGCUGGUGUUAUUCGGAUCUCUUUCUUUUGAUUUCUAAGAUGUAAGAUUUGACUCAUCAAAAGUUUGUAAAUACAGAUGCAAUCAUUUUGGCUUAAAUACCGCAAGAGAUGUACUAGAUUUGGUUUCAUCUCAUGUCAAUUAUCUAAUUUGAUGUUACUUGAAUUAAAAUGUUCAUGUAACUCGAGUCUCCACAUUUUGAUGGC